ACGUCAUUUCCUGGUUUUUGUUACUGACGUGGCUAAAUGCGGAGCUGUGACUACUAGUGGUCAGGAAUUCAGUGGGGAAAUAAAGACAGUCCAUACGGCGUUUAGGUCCCAUUCAUUUAUAUAUAUAUAUAUACACUUAUUUUGCCAUUUUAGUGUUUGUUCCGUCCUUCAUAGUAUAAAAUUAAGUCUGCUUUAGUAAGAUGUUGGACUUCUUCGCCAUCUUCAGUAAGGGGGGUAUAGUGUUGUGGUGUUUUCAGGGGGCUGGGGUAACUGAAUCUUUUACAGGCCCUAUAAACGCUCUCAUCCGCUCCGUAAUUCUUCAGGAGCGUGCUGGGAACAGUCCCUUCUCCCAUAAUGCCUUGAAUCUUAAGUACAAACUGGACAAUGAAUUUGAACUUGUGUUUGUGGUGGGUUUUCAGAAGAUUCUGACGCUAACGUAUGUGGACAAAUUAAUAGAUGAUGUCCAGCUUCACUUCAGAGAUCGUUAUAAAAAUGAGCUGGAGCAGCGGGAUGCCCUGAAGUUCUUGAUCAGCUGUUUUGAGUUUGAUGAUGACUUUCACAGGCUUCUGUGUGUGGUGGAAGCUGAAAGGAUAGCUAAACCCGAAAUGAGGUCUUACAAUGAGUCCCAGAAAUCUCAGAAAACUGUGAAAUCCAUGAUUGAGACAAAAAGUGGAGACAAAAGCAAGGAGUCUAUUGGCAAGAAGAAUAAACAUAACAGGAAAGAAGCAGGAGCAGGAGGAGGAGACCAAGUUGAGCCUUCUCAGGCCAGCUCUAAGAAGGCAGUGGAGAAUAGGAAUCAGGGCCUGAGCCAGGAGGAGGUCAUUCAGAAGAACCUUGCUGAGUUCAUCCGCAGGCAAGCAGGUGGACGAACAGAAAAGUCUAAUAAAUCCCCUAAACCCCAGAAGCCAAAGGGAAAGGAGAAAAGAGUUUGGGAUAUGGGUGGUACAAGCACAAAAGACCUAGACUACAGUGGAACCAAUAACAAGAAUUCCUUUAAUAACCAAGGGCAAGAUGAGGAGUUCCCAGCUGAAACACGAAUCCAGGUGGGCUCCAUGAAAGGUGACCUGCGAGAUGUGGACUAUGAGUCCUCUGAGGAUGUGGAUGAGGACGAGGAGGAUCAAAAAGACAUGUUAGUGACACUUGAUGUCAGCAGAAAAGGAGCCAGAAAAGGUGGUAUUGGUGGUAUGUUUGGAGUGCUGAAAGGUCUGGUUGGCUCAAAGACCCUGAUUCGGCCAGAUAUGGAACCUGUUUUGGAGAAGAUGAAAGACCACCUAAUUGCUAAGAAUGUAGCGGCUGAUAUUGCCUCACAACUUUGUGAUUCUGUGGCCAGGAAACUGGAAGGGAAGGUCAUGGGAACUUUCACCUCUGUGGCAUCUAUGGUAAAGCAGGCUCUGCAGGAUUCUCUGGUGCAAAUUUUGCAGCCAAAACGAAGAGUGGACAUUCUGAGAGAUGUACUUGAGGCACAAGCUCAGCACAAGCCCUUCGUCAUUACCUUCUGUGGGGUCAAUGGGGUCGGCAAAUCCACCAACCUUGCCAAGAUCUCAUACUGGCUAAUUGAAAAUGGCUUCUCAGUGCUGAUCGCUGCAUGUGACACAUUUCGUGCGGGUGCAGUGGAACAGCUGAGGACUCACCAACGAAGACUGAACUCGCUCCACCCACCACAGCAGCACGGACGCCCUGUCGUUCAGCUCUUUGAAAGGGGUUAUGGCAAGGACGCUGCCGGCAUUGCAAUGGAGGCUAUUGCUUAUGCCCGUAAUCAGGGGUUUGAUGUUGUGCUGGUGGACACAGCUGGCCGUAUGCAGGAUAAUGCUCCACUAAUGACUGCUCUGGCUAAGCUUAUUGCUGUCAAUACUCCAGACUUGGUGCUGUUUGUAGGAGAGGCUUUGGUGGGCAAUGAGGCUGUGGAUCAGCUGGUUAAGUUUAACCAGGCACUGGCUGAUCAUUCCAUGUCUGAUCAUCCGAGACUCAUAGAUGGCAUUGUUCUCACCAAGUUUGACACUAUUGAUGAUAAGGUUGGUGCUGCAAUUUCCAUGACCUACAUCACAAGUCAGCCCAUUGUGUUUGUAGGUACAGGACAAACCUAUAAUGACCUCCGCAGCCUCAAUGCCAGAGCUGUUGUAAAUGCACUCAUGAAGGCCUGAGUGAGCAGAAUUAUGUGCACAAAGGUGUUAAGUUGGAUCUGGUUAUGGGUUGACCAGCCAGUUGCCACCACUUAUAGUGUUAAAGUCUUAAGAGAUUCAACCCUUUUAUUUCAGGUCUUUCUGGAAAUCAUGAACAUACCUGCUUCUUCAGAUUCCACUUUGCAAAACUUAAUUUAAGGGGAAGUUUUAAAAUGUCUUCAAGGUGUUUGGGGUUAUUUACACUAUUGUAUUCCAGAAGCAGGCCUAGUGAAGUACUAGUGAUUGACCAGUGCUUAUGAAAGUCUCAACAUGGCUAAUGUCUGCUUGCAGCAUCUGUACUAAUGUACACUCACAGCACAAAAAUUUUCAUCCUGUACCAUCCUGGAAGACUGUGUUGAUGUUUAGCAAGGUUUUACUUCCCCCUUCUCUUGGUCCCUAGGCACAACCUAGUGCUGCUAAGCUCUCUGUCCAAAGGUAGAAAUCAUAUACAAUAAAGGAAAUCAAAUUCUAACUGUAUUUUUUGUUGCUCUUGACAAAAAGUCACCAUUUGUCACCAUUUCAGCAUCAUAUAAUUACUGUACAGUGACAGUUGGAAACUUAGAGCCACCUUUUCUUUCUUUCUCUAAAAAAAAAAAAUUAAACCAUUUUUCCCAUGUAUAUCUAUUAAUCUGUAGUAUAUCUGGUGGUAUGUUAAGGAAAGGUUUUCUUAGGAAAAUCAAUAUCUUUGUUACCCUCCCCAGGAGUGGUCAACCAACAACAAACACUCCAAAAGCAAGACAUGUAAUAGUCCGCGAGGUCACAAAGGAACCCAUGGUAUCUUCUAAGCAACUAAAGCCCGCUCUCACAUUGGCAAUUGUUAAUGUUCAGGAGUCCACCAUUAGGAGAACACUGAACAACAGUGGUGUACACGGCAGGGUUGCAAGGAGAAAGCCACUGUUCUCUGACCAAAAUAGAAUUUUUGGUUUAAAUGAGAAGUGUUAUGUUUGGAUAACGCUGCAUUCCAGCAUAAGAACCUUAUCCCAUCUGUGAAAUAUGCUGGUAGUUGAAUCAUGGUUUGGGCCUAUUUUGCUGCAUCUGCCUUGCCGUUAUUGAUGGAACAACGAAUUAUGAAUUAUACCAUCGAAUUCUAAAGGAAAAUGUCAGGACAUCUGCCCCUGAACUGAAUCUCAUGGAAAAGUGGUUCAUGCAACAAGACGACCCUAUGCACACAAAUCGUUCUACCAAAGAAUGGUUAAGGUAUAAAGUUAAUGUCCUGUUAAAGUUAAAGAUGAAUAAAGUUAAUGUCCAUAACAAUUCUUAAUUCAAUAGAAUUGUUGUGAAAGGUCCUAAAGCAAGCAGUUCAUGUGAGAAAACCCACCAACAGUAUUCAAAAGUUGAAGCUCUUCUGUACUGAGGAAUGGGCUAAAAUACUUCCAAGCCGAUGUACAGGACUGACCAACAGUUACUAGAAAUAUUUUAGUUGCAGUUAUUGCUACACAAGGGGGUCAAACCAGAUACUGAAAGCAAAGGUUCACAUACUUUUGCCACUCAAAGAUAUGUAAUAUUGGAUAAUUGUCCUCAAUAAGUAAAUAACCACAUAUAAUAUUUUUGUGUAUUUGUUUAAUAGGGUUUUUGUACUUGUCUAAAAAUCUGAUGAUGUUAAUUGUGAUGAUCUGCUUUGUAAGCUUAUAAUAAUAAUUAUUAUUUAUUAGUGGUGCUAGCGAAGCAAAGAAGUGGUCUUUGCAGAACAACUUGGGUGCUUCUCAUUUCUUAUUUGUGCAUCCUAGUUUCCUUUCCUCGUUUCCUUUCCUUACGUCUAAGCUCCCCUUAGGAUGUGAGGGAAGGAUGCAAGGAUUAGAUGUGAGGAGAGAGGAAUCGAAUCAAGUCAAACGGAAAUAUCCAAAUAUCCCCGCUCUCACAAGUGGCACUUCAAAACAAUGUCAAUUAAUGAUGACUGUGCUCCGCUAGUUUAAUAACAACAUUCUUAAUAACGCAAAGUGCACUGAUAGUGUGUGAAAUGUCUGGGUUAUUCAACAAUGAAUUAAUGAACAAUACAUAAUUUAUUCCAUCUUUUGUGCAGUUUUGCAUAUUUAAACUUGCAAGGAUCAAUUAACUACAAUACUCAUUGUAAACAUGUUAUUAUUUAAUUGUAUUUCACACAAAAUUCCAUCACAUCAUCAAAGGACUUUUUGUUUGAGAGUGUGGCAGAUCCUCCUAAAGGAGGAGGGGAAUUUGUGUGUGUCAGGUUUUUCAACAAAAAGCACUUCCGCAUAGGAUACACCUGUGUAGCCUCGCUCCUAGCUCCUCUGUAAGUGUCCUCACUCCUUGUGGUGCAGUUAGAGAAUUUAGAGAAUGUCCUUGAAGAUGGUUGACUUUGAUCAAUUUCCAUGUCUCAUGAUGGAGGGAGGAAACUAGGAAACAUAAAUUUCAGUAUUGAGAAGCACCCCUUAUGGUCUGGUGUUCCUUUCUUCCUGUUCACCACAUCUUUGACUGGGUCACUUGUGAAUGGUCAGCUGAACAGCAACACAAAGGAGUGCAUUCUGAAAGUUUGGGUAUUUCAUGAUUUUUUGAAAACAUAGCAAUGUAGGAGGUUUUUAUCUUAAGUUUAAGCUGCACUUUUUGAAGACGAGGAUGACGGAAACACCUCAUUCAAUUCAAUUCAAUUUUAUUUGUAUAGCACUUUUUACAAUGGACAUUGUCUCAAAGCACCUUUACAGAAACAUAUAAACACAGGAUACAGAUUUUAAAUGUGCGAAUUUCAUCUGAUUUGGGGUAUGCAUUGUCAGGUGAGGAAAAUCGUCCAUUCGAUUUACGUCGAAGAAAAAAAAAACACAUCUUGUUUAAGGAAAUUGGCUAUCUAUUUCUAAGCAUCUUUGGGAAACUGCAACAGUGUGCAAAAAAAAAAAAAAAAAUUAUACUCUCAGUCUCCCUCUUUCUGUGUGUGUGUGUGUGUGUUUAUGUUUAUGGAGUGUUUAUUGCCCAGCUGUCUGGGACAGAGAUUACUGGGUGUUCCAACAGA